AUGGCACAGAUAGUGACAUGUUUUCAGAUGCUAUUCAUUCUGUUACUUCAUGAUUACAUCUCAGCUGAAGAUGGGGAAACAAGGGCUAGUUGCAGAACUGCUCCGGCAGAUUUAGUUUUUAUCUUAGAUGGUUCUUACAGUGUUGGCCCAGAAAACUUUGAAAUAAUCAAAAGCUGGCUUGUCAAUAUUACGAGAAAUUUUGACAUAGGGCCAAAGUUUAUUCAAGUUGGAGUUGUCCAGUACAGCGAUUACCCUGUACUUGAAAUUCCCCUUGGAACUCAUGAAUCCAAUGAGAAUCUCAUCAGGGAAAUGGAGUCAAUACACUACUUGGGAGGAAAUACAAGAACAGGAAGAGCUAUUCAGUUUGCCUUUGACCAUCUAUUUGCAAAAUCUUCAAGAUUUUUAACAAAAAUAGCAGUUGUUCUCACUGAUGGAAAGUCUCAAGAUGAAGUCAAAGAUGUAGCAGCAGAAGCAAGGAAAAAUAAAAUCACUUUGUUCGCUAUUGGUGUUGGCUCAGAAAUUGAGGAGGAUGAACUUAAAGCUAUUGCCAACAAACCUUCAUCAACUUACGUAUUUUAUGUUGAAGAUUAUAUUGCAAUAUCAAGAAUUAAAGAAGUUAUAAAGCAGAAACUCUGUGAAGAAUCUGUUUGUCCAACAAGAAUUCCAGUGGCAGCUCGAGAUGAAAAAGGAUUUGACAUUCUUGUAGGAUUAGGUGUGAAGAAAAAGGUUAAAAAGAGAAUUCAAAUACCAACCACUAAUGCAAAAGCUUUUGAAGUAACCUCACGUGUUGAUCUGUCAGAAUUGACAAGGAAUGUGUUUCCAGAAGGUCUGCCUCCAUCCUAUGUAUUUGUUUCCACUCAAAGAUUUAAAGUAAAAAAGACAUGGGAUUUGUGGAGAAUUCUGAGUCUGGAUAAGAGACCACAGAUAGCAGUCACUGUUAAUGGAGAAGAGAAAACAUUAUCAUUCACUACAACAAGUUUAAUAAAUGGCACACAAGUUAUUACUUUUGCUGCACCCCGUGUAAAGACAUUGUUUGAUGAAGGCUGGCAUCAAAUUCGUCUCUUAGUAACAGAAGACAUUGUAACUUUGUAUAUAGAUGACCAAGAAAUUGAAACAAAGCCAUUGCAUCCUGUUUUAGGUAUUUACAUCAGUGGCCUAACCCAAAUAGGAAAGUAUUCUGGAAAGGAGGAAACUGUACAGUUUGAUAUACAAAAACUGCGAAUCUACUGUGACCCAGAGCAAAAUAAUCGAGAAACAAUCUGUGAGAUCUCGGGAUUUAAUGGAGAGUGCAUGAAUGGUCCUAGUGAUGUAGGCUCAACACCUGCCCCCUGCAUAUGCCCUCCAGGAAAACAAGGACCGCCAGGCCCCAAAGGUGACCCUGGGCAGCCUGGGAAUCAUGGUUAUCCUGGUCAGCCUGGUCCAGAUGGUAAGCCU